AAUAUUGAAAAUGUUUGAUUACUAUAGAAAAAACAGAGCAAGAAAAAUUCAUCUUUUCUCUGUUCUUUCUUUUGCUUUGAUUAUUUCUAUUGUCACUUUUUCUGAUAAUCUCAUAUCUAAUUUUUCUUCAUCUCAUUCAAUCGCUUUUGUAUCAAAAUCAAGUUCUCAACAGCCACUGAAAUCAACUUUUGUACAUAAACCAAAUUUUUCGAAGAAAAAAGAAACACAUAUAAUCAAAGAAGAAGUACAAGACAUUGAUGAUCAUGUGAAUUUAGUUCCUCCUUUUAAUCUCACAGUGGAACAGAGGAUUUCUUGGUUCAAGAAAAAAUUGCCUGAAUUUAGUAUUCUAAAGUCAUCAAGAUUGUCGAGGCAGUUCAACAGCAGAGUAAAUAAGUUCUUGAAUUCAAGAAAUUGCAGAGUGAAGUUCUUCAUGACAUGGAUUUCCCCUGCAAAUACUUUCGGGAGGAGGGAAUUUUUCGCGUUGGAGACUCUGUUUAAAUCUCAUCCAAAAGGUUGUUUGAUCAUUCUUUCGCGUACUCUAGAUACACCUCAUGGGGUUAAAAUUUUGAAUCCUUUGACAGAAUUAGGAUAUAACGUUGUUAGCGUUACUCCAGAGUUGUCUUUUCUAUUCAACAGGACGCCAGUUGAGACAUGGUAUGCUGACCUCAAGAAAGGUAAUAAGGAUCCUGGUGAAAUCCCAUUAGCUCAGAAUUUGUCCAAUUUGAUAAGACUAGCUGUAUUGUACAAGUAUGGAGGUGUUUAUCUUGACACAGAUUUUAUCAUCCUAAAAGAUUUUUCAAGUUUGAGGAAUUCUAUUGGAGCGCAGAGCGUAUCUGCAAAUGGGAAUUGGACAAGAUUGAAUAAUGCUGUGUUGAUUUUUGAUAGAAAGCAUCCAUUGCUCUACAAGUUUAUGGAGGAAUUUGCUUUAUCUUUUGAUGGAAAUAAGUGGGGACAAAAUGGUCCAUAUUUGGUUUCAAGAGUGGUGGAGAGAUUGAAGAUGAUGUCUACACAAAAAUAUCAACUCAAUUUCACUGUAUUGCCACCUAUAUCAUUUUAUCCAGUUGAUUGGGUUCGGAUUCCCGGAUUCUUCAUGAAAUUAAAUACAAGAACUCAUUCAAGAUGGAUAGAUGCAAAAUUGUUACAACUUAGUGGGGAGACUUAUGGAGUUCAUCUUUGGAAUAAGCAAAGUAGUAAUAUGAGAAUUGAAAAAGGAAGUAUAAUAGGGAGAUUAAUUUCUGAUCAUUGUUUGUUUUGUAAAGAUAUUUACAGUUCUUAACUUGUAAGUAAGUAAUUUCAGAUUU